AUGGGGCGCGGGAGUCUGAAUAAACUGGAUUUUACCACACAAACUACCCCGGGGCGAGUCCCUGAGCCUCCCAAACCUGAGGUCGGCUCUCCAGACUGGUUCCAACAAAUACUUGCGCCAGCAUUAGGAUAUUCACAACUCCGGGAUUGGCAGGUCAAGCUGGCCAGCGACGUUUUCAAGGGAAACGAUGUCGUUUGUGUAGCUGGAACGGGGUCAGGAAAGUCGGGGAUGCUGCACAUACCGUUAAUGGCAAGCAAAAUGGCGGAGAAACCAACUUUGGGGAUGUCAAUCGCGCCAACUAAAUCUCUUUGUGACGAUCAAGCACGCGCGGCAAACGAGCGAGGGUUAAACGCUGUUGCUCUUCACAGCGACUCGCUUCGGGAGGCAUCUUCCAAGGGCCGCGAUCUCUUUAAGGAAAUCUUCACCGGAAAAUGGGAUUUAUUCGUCCUUGUACCCGAGCUCUUGCACAUGAAGGAAUUAGAAAGCUUCUUUCGUGAACAGGCCGGGGACGACCCAGAGUUAGCCAAACUUAGCCUCGUCUUUGGCGCCUCCAUGGGCGUGUUCCCUCUACCGUUCCUGUAA